ACAAAUUCUCAAAGAUUAUAAUUAUUCGUCAUUCUCACUUCGUCGUAUCCGCCCACGACUCGUCCAGCGAACGAGUAUAAUCCACAUCUCGUACGGAGAAGUGUCAAGUGCCACGAUUGACGGUCUAUAACCGUCAUGGCGAAGAAGGGUGCGCCAGUAGCGCUACAAACGGAAGUAACGAACGACGCUGAAUGGGCGUUAAUACUCGAGCGAAAGGGGCUGGUUCUGGUUGACGUUUAUUCGGACUGGAGUGGUCCGUGUACAGCGAUGGUUAGCAGCCUGAGAAAGAUCAAACUAGAGUCUGGAGUCGACAUCUUGAGCUACGCGGUGGCGAGGAAUAACGACAUAACGGACCUCGAACGGUUCCGAGGGAACAGCGAACCCGUUUGGAUGUUCAUCCAGAACGGUACGAUGGUCAACAUGAUGUUCGGCGCCCACUGUCCUAACCUUUCCCGGCUCUUGCUCGACGAGAUAAAACGAGUCCAACAGGACGAGGCGCCAAAGUUUGCACUGCCGGUUUCCGAACGUGGACCCGAGGAACAGAAACGCUGGGAAAUCUCCGAGGAACAGAGACUAGCCAAGGAGAAGGCGAUCGCAGCUAAGGAGAACGCUGAAAGGCAGGCCAAGUAUGAGGCCAUGUUGAGUCAGAUGAUGUUCGAACUCUGCGAGGAAACCGCCCUUCUCCUCUUCCCCUGGGUCUUCGUAGAUGAGGAGGGCUAUCCCCGGGACAAGAAGAACUCACCACCCUACGUCGAACUCGUUACCGAUUUAUUCGAACAGUGCUUCGACGUCAUUGAGGAAGUGCGAGUUCAGCUGACCGAGGAUAUCAUCGAUGACAUGUUCACCGAGAGCAAUUUCGAACUCACCGAGGAUAUUGUGUUCGGCUUAACCGAUGGUAAAUGCAUGGUCAUGAGACUGAAGGGCAGACCACCGCAUCCUGAUUGGCCGGUUAAGUAUCCCGUCGAGUAUCCCGACAAAUCGACCGAUUGUCCCGUCCGGGAAAUAAACGACGUCGAGAACUAUUUGUCCAAGAUAAUAUACGACGAACCUCCGCCUCUCAUCCAUGGUGCUGGAACUCUGCUUCCGCCGACUCGAACCUCCUACGAAAUCAAGGAAUUUGCUAACCGGCACGUUUAUGUUCACGAACCGGACCCCGAGGUUGAGGACGACGUGAAACGGACUUACCCAGCAGUCUGGGUUCCUCCUCAAGCCAGAAGCAAGGUCCACGUCUUCAAGACCAUAUUUCCGCAGUACAUGGAGAGCUCUCAUCCGUACGAAGAGAUUCCACCACCACUGCCGAAGUGCUUCUUCAAAUACAAAUCGCACAGAAUCAAGGAACUCUCGGAGGCUCUUUCGAGUUAUGCUGAGGCUUUGGAACGAUUCGGUGUUUUCGAAACGGACAAUCCACCGACAGCGAAGCGAAUCGCCUCGUCGCUUGAAAGCUUUGAGAAAAAGGUAAAGUACCCGACUGGUUACGAAGUUUUCGUCGUUGUCGUUAACUACGUUAACGAAGAAACUUUCCUUGGCUUCGCGGGCAUCGAACCCUACUUCGAGAGUCAAAGUGAAGAGGAAACUUUGGAGUUGAUUGAUCUCUACUUUCCGGAGAGCGCUGUGGACGAACUACCCAUUGAACUUGAUAGGUCUUUACUGGAUGUUAACGAAGAAGAGGAAUACGAAGAUGAAGAUGAAGAAGAGGAGGAGGACGACGCUGGUUACGUGGACGACAGGGAUUUGUUCGAUUCGAUUCUGUAA